GGUAUUGUAAAUAAACAGAAGAAUGAAAUAUGUGAGUGUACUGUACUACAGCCGAUCGAUUUAGAAAAAAAACCUAAUUAAUGAAAUUACUAAUGUCAAUAUCAAUAACAUCGUGAAAAUAAUAAUUGAAAACAUGGUUUAAAUGUUUGAUUGAUGGAAUUUAUAUUCCUACCUAGAUAUGGAGAUUGCGGAAAGAAAAGGCCGAAUUUCUUAAAUUGAGUUGAUAAUAAAAAUAAGAAAUAGAUAAAUGCGGCGAUAGUAAAAAUGGGUGAGCUGAAGGAAAAGGCUCGUGACUGGGAGUCUACCAAAGGUUUACGAGAACCUAUUAAAACUAUAGAGGAUAAAUGGAAGUUGGUGCCAUCCUUCUUACAAGUCAAAGGUCUCGUAAAACAACAUAUAGACUCAUUUAACUACUUUAUAAAUGUGGAAAUUAAGAAAAUUGUCCAAGCUAAUGAAAAAGUAUUUUGUGAUGCAGAUCCUCUCUUUUAUAUAAAAUAUUUGAAUGCUUAUGUUGGUACCCCAGAUCUUGAAGAAGGUUUUAAUGUGACAAAACCAACCACCCCUCAUGAAUGUCGCCUGAGGGAUAUGACUUAUUCCGCUCCAAUUACUGUUGAUAUUGAAUACAUCAGAGGCAACCAGAGAGUCAUUAAGAAUAAGCAGUUGAUUGGCAGAAUGCCUUUGAUGCUAAGGUCAUCAAAUUGUGUUCUAACAAACAAAUCAGAUUUUGAGUUGGCUCAGCUGAAUGAGUGUCCACAUGAUCCUGGUGGUUAUUUUAUAAUACGAGGGCAAGAAAAAGUGAUUUUGAUCCAAGAGCAAUUGUCCAGGAACAGGAUGAUAGUAGACGAAUUCAAGGGUGCAAUCCAGUGCCAAGUCACAAGUUCUACACAUGAGAAGAAAACCAGGACGAAUGUUAUUGUGAAGAAUGGAAAAUAUGUUCUGAGACAUAAUGCAUUAUCUGAUGAUAUUCCAAUAGCUAUAGCAUUUAAAGCUAUGGGUAUUUGCAGUGAUCAGGAAAUAAUGCAGCUAAUUGGCACAGAUGAUACAACUGUAAAGAAAAUGGCACCAUGCAUCAUGGACUGCCACAAUUUGAAAAUAUUUACCCAGAACCAAGCAUUAACAUACAUUGGCAGUAAGCUAAAAGUGAAAAGAUUCCAAACAGCAAGUUCAAAAUCCCGUACGCCAGUUGACGAGGCUCGUGAUCUUUUAGCCACAACAAUAUUAGCUCAUGUUGUGGUAGAAAAUUUUAACUUCUAUGUCAAAGCUAUUUACUUGGCUAUCAUGGUAAAACGAGUCAUAGAGGCAGAGACAAAUAAGUCGGCUAUAGAUGACCCUGAUUAUUAUGGAAACAAGAGAUUGGAGCUGGCUGGAUCACUAUUAGCAUUAAUGUUUGAAGAUUUAUUCAAAAGAUUCAAUUGGGAGCUGAAGUCCAUUGCAGACAAAAUAAUACCAAAGGUGAAAGCGGCACCGUUUGAUGUUGUAAAGCAUAUGCGGCCUGAUUUGAUCGCUAAUGGACUAUUCACUGCUAUUUCUUCUGGAAAUUGGACCAUUAAAAGAUUUAAGAUGGAAAGGCAUGGGGUUACUCAGGUGCUCAGUCGUCUUAGUUACAUAUCUGCGUUGGGUAUGAUGACGCGAGUGAACUCGCAGUUUGAAAAAACUAGAAAAGUAUCGGGACCAAGGUCUUUGCAGCCCUCACAAUGGGGUAUGCUGUGCCCUUCUGACACGCCCGAGGGUGAGGCUUGCGGUCUCGUCAAAAACUUGGCACUAAUGACCCAUAUCACUACCGAAUGUUCAGAGGAACCGAUCGCGAGACUGGCUUGUAAUGCUGGCGUUGAAGACGUCAGAUUGUUGGGAGGAGAAGAAAUAAAUAAUCCUUCUGUGUACAUGGUGUUUUUAAACGGAAAUAUACUUGGAGUGUCACGACAGUAUAAACGUCUCAUCAGGGUGUUCAGGAUGUUCCGACGGCGCGGUCUCAUUUCUGCUUUUGUUUCCAUCUAUCCGAAUCAUAAUCAGAGAACUGUGUACAUAUGCAGCGACGGCGGCAGAUUGUGUCGCCCAUAUAUAAUUGUGGAGAAUGGCUAUCCUUUAGUGCAGCAAGGACAUAUAAAUGAACUGAAUAGGGGUAUAAGGAAAUUUCAGGACUUCUUGUCUGAUGGCCUAAUAGAGUAUUUGGAUGUAAACGAGGAGAAUGACAGCCACAUUGCAACAGUGGAAGCAGAGAUUGACCCAUAUGUUACCACGCAUCUGGAGAUUGAGCCUUUCACAAUUUUAGGCGUAUGCGCCGGUCUAGUUCCAUACCCACAUCAUAACCAAAGUCCUAGGAAUACCUACCAAUGUGCUAUGGGUAAACAAGCAAUGGGAACCAUUGGUUAUAACCAGAAGAAUAGAAUAGAUACCCUCAUGUAUAACUUAGUAUACCCACAAUGUCCUAUGGUGAAAACUAGAACAAUAGAGUUAACAAAUUUCGACAAGCUGCCAGCCGGGCAAAACGCCACAGUUGCUGUGAUGAGUUACAGCGGUUACGACAUUGAAGACGCGUUGAUUCUCAACAGGGCGUCAAUCGAUAGGGGUUACGGUAGAUGUCUCGUUUAUAAAAGCGUGAAAACAACUAUGAAAAGGUAUAGUAAUCAAACGUCGGAUAGAAUUUUAGGACCAUCGAGAGACGCGAACACAGGAAAAGUUAUUAGAGCACAUGAUAUACUGGAUACUGACGGCAUCGCCGCGCCCGGGGAAAUGGUCGAGAACAGACAAGUGCUGAUAAACAAACAAAUGCCCCCGGCUACCAUCAACCCCGUGCCUCAAGGCCAGCCUCAACAAGUAGAGUACAAAGAUGUACCAGUCACAUAUAAAGGACCUGUAGAAUCGUAUAUAGAAAAAGUUAUGGUGUCGUCGAAUUCUGAAGACGCGUUUCUCAUAAAAAUAUUGCUGAGGCAAACUAGAGUUCCAGAAAUUGGGGACAAGUUCAGUUCCCGUCACGGCCAGAAAGGAGUGACGGGGCUCAUUGUCCAGCAAGAAGACAUGCCGUUCAACGACAGGGGCAUCUGUCCCGACAUGAUCAUGAACCCUCAUGGAUUCCCUUCUAGAAUGACAGUGGGUAAAACCAUUGAGUUGCUUGCUGGAAAAGCUGGUCUGAUGGAAGGAAAGUUCCAUUAUGGUACUGCAUUCGGUGGCUCGAAAGUAAGAGACGUUUGUAAAGAAUUAGAAAAACAUGGUUAUAAUUACCAUGGGAAGGACAUAUUCUAUUCUGGUUUGACCGGAGAACCCUUGGAAGCGUACAUCUACUCUGGUCCCGUGUACUACCAGAAACUAAAGCACAUGGUGCAAGACAAGAUGCACGCGCGCGCCCGCGGCCCGCGCGCCGUGCUGACGCGGCAGCCCACGGAGGGCCGCUCGCGCGACGGAGGCCUGCGACUCGGCGAGAUGGAGCGCGACUGUCUCAUCGGAUACGGCGCUAGCAUGUUGCUGAUGGAGCGCCUGAUGCUGGCGUCGGACGCGUUCAGCGCGAACAUCUGCGGCGCGUGCGGCCGGUUGGCCAGCCGCGCCUGGUGCCACGCCUGCCGCUCGUCCGCCGCCGUCUCCAGUGUGCACAUGCCCUACGCCUGCAAGCUGCUCUUCCAGGAGCUCGCCUCCAUGAACAUCGUGCCUAAGCUCACCCUUAAGAAGUACUCGUGAUCUUCAAUAAAUUGUGUUUAAGUUUU